AUGUCUAUCAUUAUUCGUGUGUGCGUGUCUCCAUCUUUUUGUCUCUCACUCUUUCUUUGUCUGUCCGCCUCUCUCUCUCUCUCUCUCUCUCUCUCUCUCUCUCUCUUCUCAUUCUCUUUGUGUGCCGAAGAAUCGAACCAGAUUUUUCCUCAGUUGGGCAACAUUACUGCCAACACGCUCGUGACCAUAACAGUAAUGGAUGUCAAUGACAAAGCGCCGACAUUCAACAGGAAGUCUUACGUAGCCAGUGUGCUAGAAAACAUGCAAAAGGGCAUGCCCAUCUCUUUUACAAAAGGAAAUAUCAUGACUGUUUAUGAUAGAGACGAGGGUGCAAACAGCCAUUUUGUUCUUACGAUAGAAAAAGAUGGCAGAGAAUUUUUCGAUGUCACUCCUUUGCCGCAAGAAGUAUUCGGUGAAGCCACUGUCAUCCUUCGAGUAAAUAAUUCAGAAAUGCUUGAUUACGAGACAACAAAAGAGAUAGAAUUUCAAGUCGUGGCCAGAGAAGUUGAUACCCCUGAAAAACGGUCCAGUUCGGCCACCGUUCUUUUACAAAUUCAGGACAUGAAUGACAAUGCGCCAGCAUUUAGGAGUGACAGUUACGACCUCCAUGUAAAGGAAAAUGCUCGUAUUGGGACUGUUAUUUCACAAAUUACGGCCACAGACGCAGACACAGGAGUGAAUGGAAGAGUCAGCUAUUAUUUGAAAGGUGCUAUGAAAAGGUAA